AUGGGUGCAUUGAGCCAACUUCGGCUCCUGCUGUGGAAAAACUGGCUGCAGCAGCUCAGAUCUCCCUGGUUUGCUCUAUUCGAGCUCGUCGUCCCCCUUAUUCUCAUCGGUGCCAGUUUCGGUCUCCUCAUUGGGUUCUCCGGACAAUUCGAGACAACCUACAAGGAACGUAAAUAUGCACCAUGGCCAGUUUCUGGAAGUGCAUACGAUCUCAUCAUGCCAACAAAUCCAAAUGAUCCUGUUAAAUCUGCUAUCGUUGAACCAUAUUUUCUCUUCAAUUCCCAACUGACUUGCCAAUUUUUGAAUACAUACACUACCGGUGUCAAUAAGUACAGAAUGGAUAUAAUUCUAGCGUAUUCUCCAACAAACGCAGCCACCACUGACAAAAUCAUGACCAUCAUUCAAGACCGUUACACUCGGGAAAACUUGCUGGAUCCCGUUUCUAAAUACAUUAAGGGAUUAUACAACAUCACUACAGUUCCCACUCUGGAUACCAACAUGACCAUCAAAGGAUUCGGUACAGAAGGAGAAAUGGUCUCAUGGAUGCAAGGACAAUUCCAAAGUGAAUGUGACAACCCGUUGCUCGCUGGAAUUGUAUUCGAUGAUUCAAUUUCUAAAGAUCUGUUUAACGAUAACAAACGGGAUUUCAAAUACACAAUUCGUCUUUCAAAUACUCACAGAAGAUCUCGAAAUGCUUUCGGUGACAACAGUUACCCUUGGGACACUACCCAGGCAUUUGCUGUUCAAUUCGUCAGUGGUCCAAUCAAUCCAGAUGACAAUGAUGGAGGUUCUCCAGGAUAUUGGCAAGAAGGAUUCAUGACUGUGCAGAGAGCAAUCCACGUGGCAAUCACUCAACUUACCACUGGGGAAGCUGCGCAGUCUUUACCUCUAUUAGAUUCCUAUCAAGUUUCUCGUUUUCCAUUCCCUGGAUACUCUACGAAAAUUAUUGAAAUCGGUGCCUUUUUCAUGCCAGUCAUUGUCAUUUUCUCUUUCAUGACAAGUGUUAUUUACAUCGUACGAUCAGUGGUAGUGGAGAAAGAAGAUCGACUGAAAGAGUAUAUGAGAGUCAUGGGAUUGUCUCAGUUCAUCAAUUGGAUCGCUCAUUUCUUAAUUAACUACGCCAAACUGACAUUUGCAGUUAUCGUCUUGACAGUACUUUUGCACUUUGUUGCAUUACAAUCUGACAUGACUUUGAUGUUUGUCUUCCUAAUGGUCUAUGCAUUUGACGUUGUCUAUUUCGCAUUUCUCAUCUCUUCCUUCAUGAACUCAGCCACCUCUGCCACAUUGGUCUCUGUCGUGUUCUGGAUGCUUCUCUACUUCUGGUACGCAUUCUUCUCUUCCGUCGAUCAGACGAACCCGUAUGCUUUGGGCGUUCGUCUGAUUAAUUGUCUCAAUCCUGACAUUGCUCUGAACUACGGUCUACAAUUGCUAGCUGCUUACGAGACCCAGGCUACUGGAUUAAAAUGGUCGGAGAUGUUCACUCCACCAAGUCCAGAUAACAACUUGACAUUCGGGCAUGCAUUGGCUGCUCUAGUCAUCGAUGGAAUCAUCAUGAUCAUCUUGACAUGGUACAUUGAAGCAGUGGUUCCAGGAGGAGACGGUGUUCCUCAGAAACCAUGGUUCUUCGUCUUGCCAUCCUACUGGUUCCCAUACAGUGGUUCUAAGGAAGUGACCUCAUCCGAUCAGUACGAGCAAGUGCAAUACGAAGACUAUGUAAAAUUGGAAAAGGAGCCAACUGAUCUGACUCCAACUAUCAACGUUGUCAACUUGACCAAGACCUAUGGAACAUCGUUUUUCAAGAAACUUUUCGAUUGCAAGUUCGGAAAAACUGGAGAGAAAAGAGCAGUGAGCAACUUCAAUUUGAAAAUGUACCCAGGUCAAUGUACAGUCCUUUUGGGUCACAAUGGUGCCGGAAAAUCGACGACAUUCAGCAUGUUGACAGGAGUUGCAUCCCCAAGUGCUGGAUCCGCAUAUAUCAACAAUUAUGAUAUCAGAACAUCCUUGCCACAGAUUAGAAGAGAAACUGGACUCUGUCCUCAAUAUAACACAUUGUUCGGUUUCAUGACUGUAAUGGAACAUCUGGAAUUUUUUGCAAAACUGAAAGAAAGAACAUGGGACCCUGAAGAGGCUCGUGAGAUUCUCGCACGUCUCAGAAUUGAUUUCAAAGCAGAUUUUAUGGCUGGAGCUCUAUCUGGAGGUCAGAAACGUAAGCUUUCUUUGGCAAUUGCUUUGAUCGGAGGGUCUGAAGUGGUUAUGCUGGACGAGCCAACUUCUGGAAUGGAUCCAGGAGCAAGACAUGAGACAUGGACACUGAUUCAAAGAGAGAAGGAGAGAAGAACUAUUUUGUUGACAACACAUUUCAUGGAAGAAGCAGAUUUAUUGGGUGACCGAAUCGCUAUUAUGGCUCAUGGAAUGUUGGAAUGCUGUGGAUCCCCAAUGUUCUUGAAACAACAGUACGGAGAUGGUUACCACUUGACUAUUGUGUACUCGUCAACUGGUACUCCAGAUGUUACCAGAACUACUGACAUCAUCAGAGAAUACAUUCCAGAAGCCACCGUCUUCUCCUACAUCGGUCAAGAAGCCACGUAUCUUCUGUCUGCCAAACAUCGUCCGAUCUUCCCAAAACUGUUCAGAGAACUUGAAAAUCAUCAGGCUGAAUGUGGAAUAACUAGCUUCGGAGUGUCGAUUACCACUAUGGAAGAGGUUUUCUUGAAAGUCGGACACUUGGCAGAAGAGCGUUAUAAUUAUGAGCAUGGAAUUGAAGAUGGGAACAACGAACUGAUUGAGAAGGAUGAUCCAAUGUUGCAAAACUUAAAAGCACCAGUUCGUCUGACAGGAGUUGCUCUUCAAAUGCAACACGCCAAAGCAAUGUUCUACAAACGUGGAAUCUUCUUUUUCCGGAAAUGGACUCAAUUCCUUCCCCAACUAGUCUUCCCCGUCGCUUAUCUUAUGCUGAUGGUCUUCACGUCUCAAGUUCUUCCAUCUGUCAAGGAACAAGAUCCACAGACAAUUUCGCUUGCUCCGUUUUCCGAGAAAAAUAAACCAGGUCAUGUAGUUAGUGACUCUGGUAGCUAUGUCACUAUGUCUGGUGUAUCUCAAAAUUUGAGCAGAAUGGUACAAAGUACUGUAGCCGAGCUGGGAGUCAACCAAACUAUUGUAGAUGUGAGCUCAAAUAUUGAGAAAUACAUUAUGGACCAGACAAAUGCAUUGGGAUCCCGGACAUUCGGACUCAGAUAUGCACUUGGAUUUAUUUCAUCCUCCAUCGAACUUCCUGUUGUGGGAGUUCCAGUUUUAAAGACUAUGAAAACGUACUUCAACAACUUCGGUCUCUACACCCCAGCCCUCGCCAUCACUUUCACUGACUCUAUGUUGCUUUCGUUGAAACAAAACAAACAGUAUUCCUUCACUGCUGUCAAUCAUCCACUCCCACCAUCUACCCAAGACACCUUGAAAAACACCAAUAGAAGUGAUGGAACUGCAUUCUUGAUUGCUUAUGGUUUAAUAGUAUCCUUCGCUGUUUGUGUCGCCGGUUAUUCCCAAUUUCUGAUUACUGAAAGGAAGAAAAAGUCGAAACACAUGCAACUUCUCUCCGGAAUUCGUCCAUGGAUGUUCUGGUUCACUGCAUUUAUCUGGGACGCCGCCUGGUUUGUCGUAAGAAUCAUCUGCUUCGAUGCAAUCUUCUACAUGUUCAACAUCACUGCUUACACCCACGACUUUGGUAUUAUUCUGAUCCUUACUCUCUCCUUUUUGUUGUAUGGUUGGACUGCAAUUCCCUUCACUUACUGGUUCCAAUUCUUCUUCGAGUCUGCACCAAAAGGAUUCAUGAUGGUCACUAUGUAUCAUAUUCUGACUGGAAUGAUUGGUUCCAUCGCUGUCCCAAUUAUUCAACAGACUUCAAGCUUGGAUGCGGGAUACCUCUGGUCCAUCAUUUUUGCUUGGUUCUUCCCAACUUAUAAUGUUUCUCAAAUUGCUACUGUGACCUUCCAAAAUGAAAACGUAAGAAUCGCCUGCCAAAAAUUGGACUGUACAAUUUCAAUGUUCAAAGCAGUUAAAGCUUGUUGCGGUACUGCCUCAGAACGCCUCUAUGUCGAUAACGUUCUUCUCGUCGGAAACAGAAAAGGAAUUCUUGUCUAUGUCAUUUUCCUUGCCGUUCAAGGAUUCCUCUAUUGGAUUAUGGUCUUCAUGAGAGAAAAUGAUCAAUUCUCAAAACUAUUCGCAAUGAUCAGAUGCAAAAAAGAGGAUAGCAACAUUUGGGAUAUCACGGAAAGUGACAAGGAAGAUCAGAAAGACGUGGAAGAUUCAGAUGUGAUUGCUGAGAAAUCUGUUGUCGAAAGACUGGCAAAUAGUAACCAAACUGCACUUGUCAGUAACAAUUUGGUGAAGUGGUACGGUAAUUUCAACGCAGUGAAAGGAGUCAAUUUCCACGUGAAAUCUAAAGACUGCUUCGGAUUGUUAGGAGUCAAUGGAGCCGGAAAAACUUCCACAUUCCAAAUGCUCACUGGAGAGAAUUCGAUCAGUUCUGGAGAUGCUUAUGUGAAUGGAUGGAGUGUUAAGAACAAUUGGAGAGAAGCAGGAGCCAAUGUUGGAUACUGUCCACAAUACGAUGCAGUUAUCAAGGAGAUGUCUGGAGAAGAGACGUUGUACAUGUUUGCCAGAAUCCGAGGAAUUCCAGAGAAAGAGAUACCAGUUAAAGUGAAGGCUGUAAUCCAUGCUAUUGGAAUUGGAAUGUACGCUAAACGUCAAAUCAAAACAUAUUCCGGUGGAAACAAACGUCGUCUUUCUCUCGGAAUCGCCAUCGUUGGUCUCCCAGAUGUCCUUCUUCUCGACGAACCAACUUCAGGAGUAGAUCCAAAAGCCAGAAGAAUUAUUUGGAAUAUUCUGAACCGUCUCAGAGAUCUGGGAACUGCUUUGGUUCUAACUUCUCAUAGUAUGGAUGAAUGUGAAGCAUUGUGCACAGAACUGGCUAUCAUGGUUUAUGGUAAAUUCCGAUGCUACGGUAGUUGCCAGCACAUCAAGAGUCGAUAUGGAAGUGGAUACACUCUAUUAGUCCGACUGAAGAACCGACUGGAUGCAGACAAGACCAAGGCAGUGAUCAAACAAACGUUCCAUGGAUGCACUCUGAAAGAGGAACACAUUCUACAACUCAAUUUUGACAUUCCACGUGAAGGAGACUCUUGGUCUCGACUUUUUGAGAAACUGGAAACAGUUUCGACUUCUCUCAACUGGGAUGACUAUUCGUUAUCUCAAACUACAUUGGAACAAGUGUUCAUUGAGUUCAGUAGAGAUGCUGGACAAGGCGGUCCUUACGAUGACAUUCCAAGUCUAACAGGGUCUGCUGAUUCAAGAACCAAGCAAAAUGGAUACGCUAAUCGGGCGAUGACAGUGGAUAGUGACUCUGAAAGUGCCAUGUACUUCUAA